AUGAGGGAACGAUCAGGUAGUCUAUACCACAUCCAACCCCGGCUCGAUGACAUCCUAAACGAUGUGGCCCCCUUUCCCUACACUCUCGGGGCUUUCAUUGCCUAUCUCUCCGAGCACCAGUGCCUAGAAACAGUCGAGUUCUUACUAGAGACCGAACGCUACCGACGGAUCUACCACUGGCUUGAGCACAAAACCGAGACAUGCGAGGCCGUCCGCAAGGCCCAUCUCUCCGGUCUCUGGGUCCGGCUGAUCAACCAGUAUAUCCGGCCUCACAGCAAGCGCGAGAUCAACAUCCCCUGCGACAUCCGCCAGCAGCUGAUGCAGCAGUUCCAGAACCACGGGGAUGACCCUCCUCCGCCCGAAGUGCUCGAUCGAGUCGUGAAUAAUGUCAAGGAGCUCCUGCGGGGUUCCAUUCUCAUACCGUUCCUGCGGCGAUCGUCCGCGACUGCGCGCGUCCAGCCGCUCUCCAUGCCGUCUCUGAACGAUUGUUUGCCAGAGGCGAGUAUGUCUGCGCCGUGCAUCGCGGAUGAUAUAAAAGUGAACAGAUGCCCGCGAGAGGACUAUCCUUCCUAUCGGGGGGAAUCAACUUGGCGGUAUAGAUUCUACGGCGAUCAGGCCUCGAGUUCCGCAGAGGACGACGGCGCGUAUGCCAGCAGUGCGGUGAUGUCUUCUGCGUCGGACAGGUCAGAUAUACAAGACUUUGCGGCCAAAGGGGGUGGUGGGGCGUCCAAGUCGCGCACGAGGGCAGCCACAGACCGGUCUUCUCAAGAGGACAGGAAACGUCGGGGCUGGCGAAAGAGGUUGAAGGAGGGCUUGGCGAAGCAUCUUCCGCGGUCGUCGGAUUGA